CGACAAAAUGAGCAAUAAUUCAUUCGCACUUAUUGCUCUUUUCAUUCCGACCACAAAAUACCUCCUGCAAAAAUAAGAUGUUUACGCUAGUUUUUUAAUGCAUCUACCAAAACUAAUUUGCUCUUGUGAAGGUUGAGAGUGUAGAUCUUUCACCUUCGUCGCCAAUUGUUAUGUUCUUUUGGCCUGUUAAUUAUCAAGUUAUUUUACCAGAUACGGGUUGUUUUAAUGAGCCAUAUAUUUUUGAUGAAAUUUCUUAUAAAUAUGAGAACAAUGUGUCGAAUGAAUCAAUCCGUGAUCGAAAAUCUGAUGCGAUUUUGGUAGGUGCUGGUUUUUCUAAUGAUUCAUUAUUCAGCAAUCAGAUCCUUAAUAAAAUUGAGGAAAAUAUUUCAGAACAAUCAAAUCCUGAUGUUGUCAUAUUGAAUGUUAUUUGUCAGCAUAAUGUAUUUGUUUCUGGUGGGAAACUUGUUCAACGUGAAGCGCGAUUCCUAAAUGAGCUCGAACUUAAUUACAGUUCGGAUGAUUUCAUAUCAUCCGUCGUUUAUUCUUCUAAUGCAGUCAGUUCUAGUGGAUUCUUUAGUAAAUGUAAGAAAUAUGCUUCAAAUAAAGCUACCUCAUUUCUAACGUGGGUUUAUGAAGAUCUAACAGUUUCAUGGGGGAGGAUAAUGUCGGAAAAUCAGAAUUACCUAUUUUGAUCAGAAUAUGAUUUUAUGUGGAAACAGGCAAAACCAUGUGAACACCCCCAUUUCUAAUGCUUCAAAAAAAGGGAGGUGUUAUAUCCAGACAGAGAAUAGGUGGAUAGUAACCGCUGGGAUCUAUUUGUG